AUGUCUUCAAAAUAGUACUGUAGGUCACAUUAGUUAAAGCAUCAACAAACAUUUGUGACUGACGUAGCUACUUCAAAUAGGCUCGUGCCUCCGUCAGCACUGCUCAGACUGGAACAGGCUGAGAGAAAGCAGAAUCAGAAUGAAGCAGUUGCUUGUGUUUAUCUUCCUCCUGGCCCUCAUGACCGCCUUUGCAGACGCUUCACCAAUUUUGGCUGAGAAAGAAGCCAAACAGAUUCUGAGAACUCGUCGUGAAGACAGACAAAGAAAAGCUGGUUUCCCUGAUGAGCCAAUGAGGGAGCACAUGCUUUAUCUCCAGCGCUUGGAGCAGAGAUCAGAAGAGCAGUUCCUGGAACACUGGUUGAACCCACACUGCUUGCCGCACUGCAACCGGGAUUUAGUCCAUCCAAUCUAAUGGUGUCGCCUACCCUGUGACUGAUCUCUUCAUGGCUGUGGAAGAUACAUAGUGUGACUGUGCUGAGGACAAGAUUAUUACUGCAUUGGCUGUGUGCUCCUUGUGGAGCUGAAUCUCUUUGCAAUAAUUACAAUCCUUGUGCUAUGGCAAAACUUCCAAACAUAGGUAGCCAGCCAUAUUAUAGACCAAUAUACAUUUUCCACCUGUAAAGGAAAUAGUGACUGCAUGCAUGAAUAAAUAAAGACUUUCCUCCAAGUUCUGAGCUACAGGCAAGAAUAAAUCACUAAUGAGUCUAGAG